AUGCCGAGUCUCAACUUCUCCCCUUACGCACCACGACGCCGCCGCUCUCCGCGCAUAGUCAUCACUUGGGUCGCAGCUUGGCUCACGGUCCUGACGCUGACGUGGUGGAUCGUGACGCGGCGGUCGUCCGGCCUGGCAGGCGGCUUGGAACGACUCGCCGAAGCCGACGCGGUGAUCAAGGGCAAGGAGGUGCCCCCAGAGGCUGGUGCUUGA